CCAGCGCGAGUGGGGGUCUCUCUUUCCUCAACCCUUAUUGCCGGGGUGGAGUUGAGGAGGAGCGGCCUGCGGGCCUCUUAGCUUCCUGACACCCAGGGGUGCGAUGCUAUCUUGUAGGAAUCGGCGACACCGCCAGAGCCUCGCUUUCAAAUUGCUGUUUCCAAACUAAUGUUGUUGGUGAUUCUCUCCUUUGUGCUCUUAGAGUUAAUUGUAGUCCACAUGUUGGCAACCAGAGACUCGUAAGAUUAAUAAUAUUUUUAGAAAAAACUACUGUUUAUGGUCACUUAGAUUGUCUUGAGUGUUUUUUUCUUUCGGUUCACACAAAAUUUGUUGAGGGAUUACUAUGACUCAGACACGGUUGUAGGCCCAGGGAUAGGGUUGUGACCAGUACAGACAGGUUUCUUGCCCCGUAUUUUCGGGUUAGGGAAGUGGGUUCUAGGAGAUGGGGGUUGGGUGGGGAGACACGAUAAAUUGUAUAACCAAAGAUAUUUUCAGAUAAUUGCAAAGGCAGGGUGAUGAAAUAACAAGUGUCUGAGGAUAGGACAACUAAGAGUUAUGGUCAGGAAAGACUGCUUAUGAGGAGAUGCCUUGAGUGGAGAAAAUCUAAUAAUGGUUAAAUUCAGCUGUAUUACAGGAAAGGUGUCCCGAUCCAGACCCGAAAAGAGGGUCCUUGGCCGGGCUUGGUGACUCAGGCCUGUAAUCCCAGCACUUUGGGAGGACGAGGUGGGUGGAUCAUGAGGUCAAGAGAUCGAGACCAUCCUGGCCAACUUGGUGAAACCCUGUGUCUACUAAAAAUACAAAAAUUAGUUGGGCGUGAUGGUGCACGCCUGUAGUCCCAGCUACUCGGGAGGCUGAGGCAGGAGAAUCGCUUGAACUGGGGAGGCCGAGGUUGCAGUGAGCCGCGGGCCACUGCACUCCAUCCAGCCUGGCUACAGAGGGAGACUCCGUCUCAAACAAAACAAAAGAAGUCUUGGAUCAGGCAAGAAGGAAUUCAGGGAUAGUAAUGAUGACACUGAAGAUGUUUCACUGUUUGAUGCGGAAGAGGAGACGACUAAUAGACCAAGAAAAGCCAAAAUCAGACAUCCAGUAGCAUCGUUUUUCCACUUAUUCUUUCGAGUCAGUGCAAUCAUCGUCUGUCUUCUCUGUGAGUUGCUCAGCAGCAGCUUUAUUACCUGUAUGGUGACAAUUAUCUUGUUGUUGUCGUGUGACUUUUGGGCAGUGAAGAAUGUCACAGGUAGACUAAUGGUUGGCCUACGUUGGUGGAAUCACAUUGAUGAAGAUGGAAAGAGCCAUUGGGUGUUUGAAUCUAGAAAGGAGUCCUCUCAAGAGAAUAAAACUGUGUCAGAGGCUGAAUCAAAAAUCUUUUGGUUGGGACUUAUUGCCUGUUCAGUACUGUGGGUGAUAUUUGCCUUUAGUGCACUCUUCUCCUUCAGAGUAAAGUGGUUGGUGACUGUAUUUGGAGACAGGACCUUUAAAGACAUGAUUAAGAUAAAAUGAGGUCAUAUGGGUAGGCCUUAAUUCAGUCUGACUGGUGUUCCAUAAGAAGAGGAUAUUAGGACACAGACACACACAGAGGAAGGACCGUGUGAAGACGAACGGGGAAGAUGCCGUCCACAAGCCAAGGAGAGAGGCCUUAGAGGAAACCAGCCCUGCUGACACCUUGAUCUUGGGCUUCCAGUCUCCAGAACUGAACCCAGUGAAAUGAGCUGCACCAGGAACUUUAAGAGAGAGUUUUCAGCUGGGAGAAGAGAGGAAGGCAAGAUAUCAGAACAAGGAAUCUGGACCUGUGAUGUUAAGAAAUCAGUAAAUAUUAAAAAGAAGAUGGAUGCAAGAAGGAUGAAGAAAGAAGAAGGACUCACAGAAAACACUGGACUUGCCCGGAAGCUACUUGAAAAACAUGACCCCUGGCCGGCCUAUGUCACCUGUACCUCUCAGACAGUGAAAAGACUCAUUGAGAAGAGCAAAACUAGAGAACUGGAAUGCAUGCGUGCCCUUGAGGAAAGACCCUGGGCAUCAAGGCAGAAUAAACCUUCCAGCGUCAUUCAGCCGAAAAGGAGGAAGUCGUCCAAGUCUUCUGGCAAAGCUGUGUUCAGGGACACGCUGUCAGAAUCCACGUUAUCAAUGUGGGGCGCUUAUUCGGUAUUGGCCAUGGCUCCUACCAUGAUCCCAGAACCCACACACUUACAUGCGGAUUCCAGAGACUGUCCAACUGAAAACUAUAACAAGAUCAUCUUUGCCCGCAAGCCUAUGAUGAGGAUGCUCCCUACAGUUCGCUACUGACCAACAAGGAGAAACAUGCAAAUGUUUUAGCCAGGGGUCCCUGCAGCCAUUCCCCAAGAACGUACAGCAGUUAAGCUCCAUUUACCACUCACUUGAUAGUGUCCUUUAAAUCUGAACUUGCUCUUGCUCAUGCGGAGCUUGGCUAAGAGAAACCAGAUCAGAAUGCAAGCUGUAGGUGGGUGGGUGAGUGUGUCCCCUCCCACACUGCUCUCUGGUGGGUUUGGGCAGUCCCCGGCUCUAGUCUCUGCUGCAGAUUCUCAGGACCAAAAUGUGGGUGAUUUGUCUGGGUCCAGGCAGGAGAUAGAAAUCACGCAAGCUCUUUUAUUAGAGAUAAUAUAAAGAAUGAUUAACCAGGUGACAGUAAAGGGCAGGAAGGGAAUACAAAGGUAUCUAUGGAGGUAGCACCACAGGAAGCAGGCAUCACACUUGAGGCUUGGGAACAAGGGGAAGAUGCUGGACUCAUUGAAAGGUAGUUGCUUGGAGAAGGGACAUGGGGCUGAAUCUCAGACUUCUGAGGUGGGGGGAGUGGGGAUGCCACUCAAUGCAGCCGGUAUCUCUGAGCUCUGAGGAGAGUCCUGUGGGGAUGGUGCCCCUGCCUCUGAAUAGGGGAGAUGUUUUGUUGGUGUCUCUGAGGGGACCCCCAUGAGGCUGCUUUUGUGAGUGUUGGAAAAACCAAAAACUGCAUUGAAAUGUUUCUGGGAGGAGUUGCCACUGCCUGGGUGAAGAAAAAGCACUGCUAGGGUUAGUAGCCUGUCUGGCAGGGACAGGAAGCUGAUAGAAAGUGAACAGGAAGCAAACAGGAAGUGAGCAAGGGGCCACUUCCUACUUCCUCCUUUAGCCUAGCAGAUUCCUUCUAGCUCCCCUUGGGGGCUGAGCCUAUCAGGGCACAAAGCCAGAAUGUGGUUUGUAGAAUCCCAGCCCCAGCAUCUCCAAGCAUAGGAUGGAUUUUGAAGCCAAGAGGGAAUUAGCUCUCGGCUGGGUUCUGAGUGAUCCCAUCCAGCUGCUCCUGGACCUGGUAUUGAGAGGUUUUUCCCUUGGAGGGGAAACAAAGUGGCAGUGGGGACCAGGGUGUCUCCUGCUGAGAAAUGGAGAGCUCUUUUCCCCUGUACUUCUCUGGGGUUUGCCUUGUGGAACCAAGUGCUUGGGGGAGGAGCUCCUGGCAGGACUCCAGCUGUUAUUUGUCAGAGGACAGCUAGGAUUGGUUCACCCUUGCUCUGAGUUGGCCCCAAAGCGAGCUAUGCUGAACUCUUCUCCAUCUCCAAGCAGACAACCUUUGUCUUUACAUGCAAGAGGGAUCCAGUUAUGACAGGCUGACCCAGCUGGUUUCAUGUUUGGGGUUUAUCUACUGAGUAAGGCUGACCUUACCUGAGUUUCUGUAUGCGUAUUUGCAAGACAGUUAAUACUAAUCCAUCAUCCCUCACAGAGAUGUAGAGGAUGAGAUGUAGUAACUUAUAGAAGUGUCAUUUGGAAAAGUUGAAUUGCCCUACAAGGCAUGUUCUCCAUUCAAGGGUCUUGUGUAAACGUUUGCAGACACAGGUGCAGCUUUAGAUAACUCACCUCUGGCUCCUGUGCUUUUAUGUUGGGACAGCUGCCUAAAUUAGGAGCUCUAGACCUGUUCUUUGUUCCCAGCUGUUGGCCAGAAUGAAUUCUUGGAAAAAUAUAGGUGGUUUCCAGGGAAUUUGAAUGAUUGUAUUUUGUGUCCAUGGAACGUUUAUAGACAUGGAGGCAGGCAAUAAAUUCCUCCAAUAAUUUUUUUA